UAUCCGCUGCGAAAGCACUAAAACGGACGCCACUAACUGGUGGGCGCUGAAUCUUGGUCUUUCCGGGUCCUUCCACGCCUAGCCACUGCUUCUGCGGAGCUUGGGCCCGAGGGCGAGCCGGGGAGCACCCUCUAAUCGAGAGCAGAAAUGCAUAAAAGCAGCUGGAAAAGUAGAAGACAUGGAAGAAGGAGCCAGCGGCAGAACCCUAGACUCAGACAACACAGACCUAACGAGAGGUGUAACACAGAGGCACAGCAAAGCCCACAGGAUUCCGACCAUGGCGAUGGGGAGGUCCCGUCGACCUCGACCAGCACAGCUGGGAGUUCUUCUGUGCCAGAUCUACCAGGGUAUUACUUUGACCCCGAAAAGAAUCGGUACUUCCGCUUGCUCCCUGGACAUAACAACUGCAACCCCCUCACGAAGGAGGGCAUCCAGCAGAAGGCAAUGGAGGACAAAAGGCUGCAGCUGCUGGAGGAAGAGGACAGGCAGACAAAGAAAAUAACCAGGAUGGGAUUUAAUGCCACUUCCUUGUUACAAAAAAGCAAGCUGGGUUUUCUCAACGCCACCAGUUAUUGCCGUUUAGCCCAUGAGCUGCGAGUGAGCUGCAUGCAGAGGAAGAAGGUUGAGAUUCACAGCUCCGAUCCCUCCGCUUUGGCAAGUGACCGAUUUAACCUCAUAAUGGCGGAUACAAACAGUGACCGGCUCUUCACCGUGAAUGAUGUCAAGGUUGGAGGCUCCAAGUACGGCAUCAUCAGCCUGCGUGGUCUGAAGACCCCCACGCUCCGGGUGCAUAUGCACGAAAACCUCUACUUCACCAACCGGAAGGUGAACUCUGUGUGCUGGGCCUCGCUGAAUCACUUGGAUUCUCACAUUCUGCUGUGCCUCAUGGGGAUUGCGGAGACUCCGGGCUGUGCCACCCUGCUCCCAGCGUCACUGUUCGUCAAUAGUCAUCCAGCAGGAGACCGGCCUGGCAUGCUCUGUAGUUUCCGGAUCCCUGGGGCCUGGUCCUGUGCGUGGUCCUCGAACAUCCAGGCAAAUAACUGCUUCAGCACAGGCUUGUCUCGGUGGGUCCUGGUGACCAACGUGGUGACGGGACACCGGCUGUCGUUUGGGACGAGCAGUGAUGUCUUGGCCCAGCAGUUUGCUGUCAUGACGCCUUUGCUGUUUAAUGGCUGUCGCUCUGGGGAGAUCUUUGCCAUUGACAUUCGAUGUCGAAAUCAAGGCAAUAACUGGAAGGCCACUAGCCUGUUCCACGACUCAGCGGUGACAUCUGUGAAAGUCCUCCAGGAGGAGCAGUGCCUGGUGGCAUCCGACAUGGCUGGAAAGAUCAAACUGUGGGACCUGCGGACCACCAGGUGCGUAAGGCAGUACGACGGUCACGUGAACGAGUACGCCCUCCUGCCCCUGCACGUGCACGAAGAAGAAGGGCUCCUGGUGGCCGUGGGCCAGGACUGCUACACGAGAAUCUGGAGCCUCCGCGAUACCCACCUGCUCAGAACCAUACCCUCCCCACAUCCCACCUCCAGGACCAACAUUCCCAGUGUGGCCUUCUCUUCUCGGCUUGGGGGUGUGCAGGGAGCACCGGGGCUGCUCAUGGCCGUCCAGCAGGACCUUUACUACUACCCUUACAGCUAAUUCUGCAGAGAGCAGCCUGCAGGCAUGUGGAUUUGACUGAAUGGAGUGAAGAGUAGCCCUACCUCUGCCAUAUGCUGUUUCCAGUGAAGGCAUUUUAAGUGGAUGCUCUGUGUGCACAGAUCCCAUCCAUCAGGCUGCUGCGGACAUGAAGGUGCUAUUUUAUGUGGAGACACUUUAGUGAUGUAUGUCAGUUAAGUUGUGGGCUCAGAGAGCUUGAAAGUCCUUUUCAUAAAAGGUACCUAUUUC